UGUUUUCCAGUGGAGGAGUGAGGCAAUAUUUUUAGCCGAUGCUAACUACGUCGUAACAAAUGCAGAUAAACAAGCCAAGUGUAUUUUCGGCGGUUUUCUGUAUUUUGUUAGAUACAUAGUUUGUAAUCGACAUGGCGACGUCUCUUUAUCGCGACGGUGCGAUUUAACAGACCGCGGAAACGUUGCACAGUUUGUUUUCCUCUUUGCUACUUCGGUAUGAUUUUACCCUCGUUAACAUGGAGACAAAACGAGGGGAGAUUCCCAACGGCGUGCUGGACGACCUCUGCAGUCGCUUCAUCCUCCACAUCCCCAGUGAAGAGAGGGACAAUGCCAUCCGAGUUUGCUUCCAGAUCGAACUUGCCCAUUGGUUUUACCUGGAUUUCUACGUGCAGAAUACACCAGGACUACCUCAGUGUGGGAUAAGAGACUUUGCCAAAGCUGUUUUUAAUCACUGUCCAUUCCUGCUUCCCCAUGGCGAGGAUGUGCAGAAGGUUUUAGAUCAAUGGAAAGAGUACAAGAUGGGUGUUCCUACAUAUGGUGCAAUUAUUCUGGAUGAAACCCUUGACAAUGUUUUACUGGUACAAGGAUACCUGGCUAAAUCAGGAUGGGGCUUUCCUAAAGGGAAAGUCAAUGAGGAUGAGGCGCCCCAUGACUGUGCUGUACGAGAGGUUUUAGAGGAGACUGGUUUUGACAUCAGAGACCGCAUCUGCAAAGACACCUUCAUUGAGCAGAAAAUCACAGAUCAACUUGCUCGACUUUACAUAAUCCCUGGUGUACCAAAGGAAACAAAAUUUAAUCCCAAAACCAGGAAAGAAAUAAGGAACAUCGAAUGGUUUCCUAUUGACAAACUGCCAUGUCAUAGAAAUGACAUGACUCCCAAAUCCAAGCUUGGCCUGGCUCCCAACAAGUUUUUUAUGGCUAUACCUUUUAUGAGGCAGCUCAGAGAAUGGAUAGCUAAGCAUAAACUUGAAUCAACGAGCAGCGAUGAUGACUUUUUAUCCAAUAGUAGCACUCCAUGCAAACUAUUCAGGUUGAAGCCCAAACGCUCACAGAUUGCAGUGGAGGCAUCUCCAGGUGAAGGCUGGUCAAAGCAGAAGCAGCAGAAAGCUUGUGGUCAGACUGGUCAAUAUGAGCUUGCAGACUUUCUCAAAGUCAAGAACCAUAAUGUGAAAUGCAAUGGGAAGAAGCAUCAGGAUUCUCCAAAUGUAAAGAAAAGAAUGAAUGAGAGAGAUGAAAAGAAGCUUCAGCCCAGAAGACUGCAAGACAACUUUGAUGCAGAUGCAGCGAGUGAUGUGCGUGACUUGAAUGGGCAGUCAGAAUACGAGCAGAUUCACUCCUCCAAGUCCUUCCUUAACUUCAAGUUCGAUCGCGAGGCAAUCAUGAGAUCAUGCUUUGACUCCUGACUACCUCUAUCUCAGUUCCUCAGUUUUAAAGGCACACUUUGUUGCAGUUUGAGCCGUUCUAGUAAACUCACUUGUUCGUAGUGUGUUUGUGUUCUUUGGAAAAAGGGCGGUCAUAUAAAGGUUGUUGGACCAAUAUGACUAAAAUUCAGGCGCAUGUGUUUUUCAUCCACAAUACAGGUUUAUGUAUGCAUGACUCCUAACUGCUGAGAAUAAUGAGUCAUUUUAGAUUGGCAGUGAUUUACAAAUAUGUGCAAUCAUUGUUUUAUUCCCUCUUUCCUUGGGGUUUUGGUAGCGAUACAAGUCAUGCAGAGGAUUGCAACUGUUGAGAUUUUAGCACUGAACGAGUAAAAGCUUCUCAAUAGAAUCGAUGCUUCUAGUUUGACAGUCUCUGUUCGUGAGAUCAGAACUAUUAAUGAUGACUUUUUUAACGUCCCGUGUUGUGUGUGUUCAGGAUGCACUGCUGGAUCCUUAUGAUCUGAACACAAUGCUUAUUUCAGAAGCAGAUCUUUACUACAUUUUCUAUUAUAAACACAAAAUGUCAGAAUAAUAAAAAUUGAGCAUCAUUUAUCAAGAUUCAUUUUGCUUUCCUCAACCCUGAGCCAGAGAAACGUGAUGUAUUAUUAUAUACGGAGCUGUAUUACAAUAUACGGAGCUGUAUUGUGCUCGGUUCAUACAAGAGCUUCGUGAUUUAAUUUUACGUGAUCUGACUAAAUUCACUGUUCUGUCUGCAAAAAUAUCACCUUUUUGCCUUUGAAUGUGAAUCUUUUAAGUGGCAAUUACAUUGUUUUUAAAGAAGCAAUUACGAAAGCUGUAUUAUUUUUUUUCCCCCAUCAAGCUUUAAAAUGAUGCUAGAGUUUUACGUCAUCAGCACAUUUUCUGGCAUUUAAUUCCCCGUUAUUUCAACAUCCUCUGUAAAGUGGCACUGAUUAUUUCUAAAGUAAAUGCAGUACAUGUGGAAAUCUCACUCAGAUGCAAAUAUAUUUACACUGUUACCAAGUGGUUGUUUUCAGUCUUACCAUGUAUGUGUAGUUCCUUUUUCUUUCUUUCUUUUUUUAAAUAAAGAUGCUGUUUUUGGACAGUAA